GACUGAAAGAGAAGGAUGUUGUCGUCACUUCCCGCAGCCCGGAGGCCGCUGCACCAGCGGAGACCGCUCAUCCUGAAGCCACACCUGAAGCUGCUGUGGAGCCUGACCCUGUUCCUGUGGAAGAUGUGAUUGAAGCUGCUGUGGCAGAAGACACAGCUGCACCCUCACCACCAGAGCCUGAAGCUGCAUCAGAAUCAGCUCCUGAGGCUCCUCCUGAGGCCGAUGAGGUGAUUGAGGAGGAGCCAGAGGUGCUGGAGGAGGAGCCUGCUGCAGAAGAGGAGGAUGCUGCCGUUGAGGAAGAGGAGGUUGCUCCAGCUGAAGAAGAGCCAGCUGCAGAGGAGAUGAUGGGAGACCAGCCUGCAGAGGAGGAGGAGGAAACAGAAGCAGAGGCUACAGAGGAGGCUACAGAGGAGGCCACAGAGGAGACUACAGAGGAGGCUGUGGAGGAGGCCACAGAGGAGACCACAGAGGAGACUACAGAGGAGGCUGUGGAGGAGGCCACAGAGGAGACUACAGAGGAGGCUGUGGAGGAGGCCACAGAGGAGACCGCGGAGGAGGCUGUGGAGGAGGCUACAGAGGAGACCGCGGAGGAGGCCACAGAAGAGGCUGUGGAGGAGGCCGAGGAUGAACCUGCAGCAGAGGUGGAAGAGUCUCUCGCUGAUUCAGUGGAGGACACAGACGAGGAGGUGGCUGAGGAGACAGCUCUUACAGAGGAAGCUGUUGAGGAGCCACCUGAGGAGGAGGCAGCUCGCUUGGAAGAAGCUUAUGAGGAGACGGCAGCAGUAGAAGAGGAGGAGGAGGGGGCUGCUCCAUCAGAGGAACCUGCUGAGGAGGAAGAAGCUGCAGAAGAAUCUGAGGCUGCAGCAGAAGAAAUGGAGGCAGCACAUGCAGAAGAAGCUGCUGAGGAAGCUCCUGUAGAGGAGCAGGAGGCUCCUUUAGAAGAAGCUGUUGAGGAGCAAGCUGAAGUAGAGGAAGCUCCUACAGAAGAGACCACUGAGGAAGAAAUAACUGAGGAGGAAACAGAACCAGUCGCAGAAGAAGAAGCAGCACAUGGUGGUGCAGCAAGGGCUCCUGAGAUGGAGGACCUGUGGAAAGACGAGCCUACAGAAACGUAGGCCACGGCAGUCACCGCUGUGAUGGAGCAGGGACCCACUGACAUUGCAUCAGCACCAUCUGAGCUCAGAUGAUGAUGCCCCUCUCCAGAGAAAUGAUUGAGUUGUCACGGCAACAAUCGCCCCUCUCCCCCCAUUUUCAUCCCUCCCUUUAAAUCUCCCUUUUAGUGUCAGUGUGUGAGAUGAUGUUCACUAACAUGCUUCCUUUACCUUUGUUGUGUUUCUUUCAGGUUUGGGCUCAUUCUUUUGUUUUCCUGUUUUCAGGGUGUUUUAGUUGAGUGUGUUUGGGCCGAUGUCCACUCCCUGUGACGUGCGAGUGUGUGUUGUACUCGCACAGUCUUGUACCUCUCAGCAAAAAGAGCUGUAGCUGCACGUUAAGAAGCUUCACACUUUAAAGUGUCGGAGCAACCAAAUCAAAUGCCGGCUGAGAGCCGAAGCUGCUGCUCAGUGUAGAGAGGACUCUAUGCAAAGGUGUGACGCGUGUCGCCCACCUCCUUCCUCCUCCCCUCCUCCUUAGCAUCAGGUGAAUUUACCACUCAGUGUCGACUCCAGGAUGAGCCAUAUGCUAACACAUGAACUGUGUGUGUGUUUGUGAGUAAUGCGUUGUUAUGUGCGGACAGAUCUUUGCUUAUCCUUCUUGUUGUGUGAGCUGUAGUUUAGUUUUGCAGACUGUGUUUGACUCUUUUCGUUUUGUUAUCUCACUACAUCAAACUGUAUUCUGUCGACUCCUAGCUGGAUCUUCUGUUUGCACAGCUGAACCUCAGCUUGUUGAGCUGUGAGGGCAGCGCCCCCCCACGUUUAUAACAGUGGCUCCUUCCUGUGGAAAUCCAGCCUCUCUGUAGAGGCGCAACGCCACCCUGUCACACACACAAUAAUGUCAAAUCUUAUUUUGAAGGCCAGAUGUAGACUCAAACAUCGUUUCUGUUUGUUCUGUAAAAAUAAAUCACCUCGCUUCACUCGAGGAUGAUGAUGUAUGAUGAUGCGGUGAAAAUGCUGUAGGAAUCAGUAAACACUACGUGUGGUCCUCACUUACUGUAACAACAGCCGUGUGAAUAUGUCUGAUUUUUCUUUCUCCUGUAACACUAGCUGGUGUUUCUGUUUGCUGAAACUUUGAGUCAAUGUGAACUGAACCUUUGUAACAUUGAAAAGUAGAAUCUUUACUGAGAGACAACUUUUAGAUUUUUUAAUAGAUUUUUUAAAAAGAAUUUGGAGAGAUGAGAAGAAUUCUUAUUUCCAGAAGAUGCUUGCGGUGCUUUGUACUAAGCCAUAAGCUGUUGCUGACUUUGUCCUGUGAAGCACAAACAAGAGAAACACUGUUGGGUUUUCAGUACUCGGCCCUGGUCACAGGUCACGUUCCUGUCUCAGAUGGUUGUGGCGCACAGGCAGCGCUGUUGCUAAGCAGAGGCCACUUCUGAUGAACACUAUGCAACAAAGUAUCAAUGAUGACAGAGGAGCGGAGGGGGCGUGGCCACGUCUUCGAUGACAUGCUGUCUUUGAGCCAUAACCCUCAGAUUAUGGUUGAGUGUGCAGGUGUGACACUGUGCUGACUAAAUGAUCAUGAAGUACUGACGGAGAUUUGAAGUGGGAAGUUUUUCUGUUCUGGGAGCUACAAUAAAAGAUUUGGGACAACACA